AAAGCAUCCUCUCGACGGAAUUACAUCGCCACUGUCGACAGAAGCCAGAGUAGGGGUCUCAACAGCGUAUAAAUCCCUUAUUGCCGCCAUUCUGAAGACCUUCCACACAGCUGGUUAUGUCGCGCAGAGCCCCCAAUCCGGCCGCGGACCGCGCUGCGCAGAACGCCCAGACUAUCAAGAGUCUCCUGAAAUUAGAGGGGAACAAGACCUGCGCCGACUGCAAAAGAAACAAGCAUCCAAGAUGGGCAAGCUGGAAUUUGGGCAUAUUUAUUUGCAUUCGGUGCUCUGGAAUACAUCGGGGGAUGGGAACACAUAUUAGCAGAGUCAAAUCAGUGGACCUUGACUCCUGGACCGACGAACAGCUGCAGAGCGUCUUAAAAUGGGGGAAUGCAAGAGCAAACAAGUACUGGGAAGCGAAGCUGGCACCGGAACAUGUGCCCUCCGAGGCAAAGAUUGAGAACUUCAUCAGGACGAAGUACGAGUCGAAGAGAUGGGUGAUGGAUGGGCCAAUGCCGGAUCCUUCUACUCUUGAUGCUGAUGGCGAUGAUGAUGUUCCAUUGAGUCUGGUGAAGGAAAAGCACAAUAUCGAGCGAUCUACCUCCCAGCGGGCCGCACCAAACUCAGGCCCCUCGCAAGUAAGAAGGACUCCCCAGCCUGACUUGUUCGCAGACGACGUUUCCCCGCCUCCAAGGCCAAAGACUGAAGCCCCGGCACCAUCCAGACCUCCCCCAAAAGCCGAAUCAGCACCAGCAUCAGCACCUCAGAAGCAAACUAAACCAGCGGACUCUCUGCUUGGGUUGGACUUUUUUGGCGAUCCGGCACCACCCUCAAGUCGACCUGCUAGUGUUGCAACAACUCCGGGGGCUCAGUCACGGCCAGACUUGAAGCAGUCGAUUCUGUCUCUGUACGCAACUCGUCCGCAACUCCCACAACAACCAUCUCAUUCAUCUUCGGGAUCCUUUGGUGGUAUGCAAUCCCCACCUCCACAACAGCAACAGCCACAACAAUCUGCUUUCGGGGGGUUGAAUGAUGCAUUCAGUAACUUGAGCUUCUCUGCCUCACCUUCCCCGCCUUUAGCAGCCCAACCCAAAGCCAAUGCUUUCUCAGCCCUAGGCAACAUUUCAAGUCACAGAUCCACACCUUCCCAAGUCUCUUCCCCCCCUCCAAACCUAGGGGGAGGAAGUUUCUUUGACGUUAAGCCAGCUCAAGGAGCACCACAACCGUCCCGAGGAUCCAGCGGCUUCGGUGCUUUUAAUUCUGCACCCGCGACAGCACCAGCACCAGCAUCAAACACAAAUGCAGGUUCCAGUCUUGGUGAUCUCUUCGACUUCUCUACUCCAUCACCCCAACCUCCAGUACCCCCGAAACAGACGGUUGCAUCCCCACCUCCACAGCAAUCGGUCUUUAACCUCUCUCAACCCGCACCAGCGCCAGCACCCAAGGCCCAGCCUGCACCUCCUGCAAUUAGCGGUUGGAGUAACAAUGAUGCGUGGGGUUCAAACGACGCAUGGAGCACAACUGCGACAAGCCCGCCCCGAAACAAGGCCCCACCACCACAAGCUACUGGGGCUGAUUUUGGAUGGGGAUCGGGUGGUUCUUUGGCAAGCCAAAGUAUAGUACCAGGAAGUAGUGGUGGGUUCGCCACCGUAAACCACGACCCUCCAAAAGUGAGUGCGGAUGAGGACUUUGGGGGCUGGAGCUCUGCUGUACCAGCCAGCACAGGAUCAGUUAAGCCUGCAACUGGAUUUGCAGCAAGCGAGGAUCUCUUUUCGAACGUAUGGGAAUGAGAAGAUAAGGAUGACUAUAGAUUCCAAAGCUAGACUAUAAGAGGCCUGCGGUCAAAACCUGCUCGCUGAAAGAUGGACUGACUGACUUGUCAAAGUAUGCCAAUAGGAAAGAAAAAAAAGGUAAAAGACUCAGUCAAUCUUUCAAAUCAAUUUGCUCCCAACCGUGACGCCUUGCUAUGCCAUGGUAUAUCUUGCUGUACGAUAGAGUAUCCCUUUUCUUUUUUCCAGAAAUAUCAUGCCUCUUCCAGUAGUCUGCAUGUGUGGAUCGCCCAAAUUUGACUCCUCUCCCUCAGACGAAUAAUCCCCAUAUGAACCAUAGCAAUAACACAACGCCGACGAUCAUGCCCGAAAGCUUGAGAAUUGCGACUUUGUUUCCCGCCGCUGCCAU